CAUUGAUUGGACGAUGAAAGAGAGACUUCCUGUAAGAGGGAGGGGGUUAAAGAUGGCGGCGCUGAGAGAGUUGUUAGGUCGGCUUGUGCGACGGGCAUGUUCUGUUACCGUGCAGAGUUUUCCGAAAAACAAAGUGGAGCCAGUCACUUGGAAUAUAUGGAUUAGACAGAAAUUUACAAAAGCAAGAGUUCCUGAAUCGGUAUUUCAGCCACAUCCUGGUGAUCAUGAAAAAUACGGGGGUGAUCCAGAGCAGCCUCACAAAUUACACCUCAUCACCAGGAUCAAAAGUGGAAGAAGACGUCCUUAUUGGGAAAAGGAGUUGAUCAAACAAUUUGGAUUGGGAAGAAGAUAUGAGCCUGUAGUGCACAAAAACAUCCCUGCUGUGAAUAAAAAACUGAAGAUCAUUAAACAUCUAAUAAGGAUUCAACCACUGAAGCUACCCCAUGGGCUUCCAACUGAAGAUGAAAUGUCUGAUACGUAUAUUAACUGCAGCACAGGUGAACUAAUAAUUCGUCGUCAUCUAAAACCAGUUGAACAGAAAGCAAUUGAUUCUUCAUAAUGUAUAGUGCCACUGUAUGCAAUAAAUGUAAUCUUAAUUUGGAA